AUGGCCUCCUCAAGCUCUGAACCUACUGCUAUGCAAAAAUGGAUUAAUUCUGAGACGAAUAAACCCAAUUUCGCGCGGCAUGGUCAAGAGAAUCUCGAAGCUCGCACUGUCGCGGCAUCGGAGCUCUUUGUCGAAGGUUUUUACCGUACGAUGAAGGCAGCCUCUGAUGCAUUGGGCGUGCCGUACAAGCGCCUGAGAUCACGCAUUCAAGGGCAUCAUCCAGUUUCUGAGAAUGGCGGGAACGCUACGCUACUGGGGUCGGAAGAAGAGCAAGAAGUGCUUUGCUGGGCACAUCGCCGCAUCGCUCAGGGGCACCAUAUCCAGGGGCGCGCCCUUCAACAACACGCCAACGCCAUUCUGAAGGCAAAAGGCAGGGGAGGCACGGCAUCACAGAAAUGGGCCCAGCGUUUCAUGAAGCGAUGGGGACGGUAUUUCCAUCGCCGGAAAGCAGCUUCACGAGACGUUAAGCGAAAGGCGAUGCAAGACCGAGCUUGUGUCGAGGCAUUCUUCCAAGACUGGCCGAAUUUCAUCACGAGGCACGAUAUCCGGCGCGAAAAUAUCUGGAAUUUUGACGAGACGGGCUUCAUCAAUAGACGGCACAAAUAG